AUGCAGCAUGCAGCCCCUGUUCCUGCCAGCAGGGUCAAGUGCUACGUGCGGAAAGAGCUCUCAGAUAUGCCACGUUUGGAUCGCUUGAUGGCUGCGCAGGUCACUACUGGUUUCAAGCGUUGGACACGACGCUUCCAAAGUCUGGAGAUGAAAUACACGCCCUGCUGGUGCGUAGUUUUCUUAUUCGUCAUGGCCAUAUUAGAAGGACGAGGGCCUGAAAGAGGAGUCUAUGAGGUUCGACGCGAUUUUUUGGAUCUCUUGAAAGGCAACUAUGGCUUCACAUUGCCGUUUGUCGCGUUGAUCUACGGUCUGGCUCCGGUAAGGCAAGCCAACCUCAUCAAAUUUGGUGGUGAGCAAGCACUACUGGGUGAAGUUGGUGCGGCAAUUGGUCAGGCACUUCCUAACAAACUGAAGCGGAAAGAGCUAUUCGAAGCGCACGAGGUGGCAUGUUUGGUGCAAAGGCAGCUCUCCCAAAGAUCCUAUCAGCUUCACAUGGUGGUUGAUGUUUGCGCGGGCUGCGGAUUGCUCGGCUUGUUCCUGGCGCUGAUGCGCCCGAGAGCCAAAGUCAUUGCUUUGGACAGAAGGCAAUCGGUCUUGUCCCGGAAGCUCUCAGAAAUUGCCACGGUAUUUUGGCCUCAGCUGAGAGAUAGAUUUACAUGGAAAGUUUGCGAUGUACGCCCCAGUGGUAUGGAUACCGUUCUCGGCUCGCAGUCUCUGCCUUCACAUUGCUUGGUGGUAGCAUGCCAUGCCUGCGGCUUGCUAACCGACGAGGUCAUUGCAGCAAGCUCACAGAGUCGACGGCCCAUGGUUCUUCUUCCGUGCAAAGCAGCAGAUCAAGACAUCGUGGAGUUCAACUUCUAUGACAGCUACAAGCUUGGCAAGAAGCUGGGCCAGGGAACGUUUGGACAAGUCCGCUUGGCAAAGGACAAGCUGAACGGCAAGGAGUUGGCGGUGAAGAUUGUGGAUGUACGCCACUACGAUGAUAAAACAGGCGUAUGCACCGGGCAGAUUAGCCGCACGCGCAACAAGGCAACCAGGGACGAGGUGUUGCUCUGGAAGCGCGUUUGUGCUGCCGAGUGUGAGCACGUGGUCCUUUUGCAUCGAGCUUUCUCCGACAAUUCCCUCUAUUACAUGGUUUGUGAGCGAUGCAAACGGUCCAUGCUGGACAUGACGGUCGAUGGCCUCACAGAGAUAGAUCUCUCUGACAUCUUCAAGCAGAUGAUCCAAGGAGUUUUGCACACCCACAGAGCACAAAUUGUCCACAGAGAUGUCAAGCCUGACAAUUUUUUGUGGGGUGGCCCCGAGCAUCGCACAUUAAAGUUGUGCGACUUCGGCCUUGCGGCAGCUAUGCCACUAUCGGGUAAGCUGUUUGGCGUGUAUGGAACUGCGCCGUACAUGGCCCCAGAAAUGUUGACGAAUGUGGGUUACGACUACCUGGUCGACAUUUGGUCUUUGGGGGCUGUGGCUUUCCUGUUGACGUAUGGCAGGUUCCCAUACACUCCAACAGAGCAAACAUCGGCUUCAAUGAAGGAGGCCAUCAUCAAGGAUUCGCCUCCGCUGCACAUUGGAGCAGAGAGGGUUUCCGAAGGAUCGCCGUGUUCAGACAGCUUGCUCAGCUUCAUCCAGUGCACGUUGUCACGAGACCCUUCUGAGCGACCUGCAGCAGACUCUCUCCUGGAGCAUGCAUUCUUGGUGGAAAGUAAAGCGGCAGAGGUUGCAGAUGAGAGAGAAGCAGAAGAUGAAGCUGACGCGGAGCAAGAGGAUGUAUCCGGUCGACCUAUGACUCACAUCCGAUCGCUGACGCACAAGAUGACAACUCGACCAAGCGCCACUGUUCAGAAUGGAAUUGACGAGCUGCUCCAAAAGCUUUUCGUAAAACAUGGUGGAGAAGCUGCUGGUUCCAACAUGUUCUUCUCCGAAGGAGAUGAAGACACAGCAGGCAAUCAGGCUGACGACGGUUCGCCAACGAUUUCGCAGGCCGACUGCAGAAUUCGGAAGAAGAAUUCGCGGCGAAACGUCAAGCAUGCCACCCACUCAGGAGUUUUGUCGCCAUCAGCUGCAGUACACCUAGCACGCUCCAGCACCGCUUCCUCGAACUCAGGGGAGGCUGCUGGUGAUGCCGGCUAG